UUUUUCUUUUUCAGUUGUUAAAAGUUUGCGGUAAGCUCCUAGAAAUUAAAUCUUAUAAGAAAUGAAAGUUGCAAUUUUCUCAUUUUCUUUUCUAGUGAGCAUAAUUUCUCAGUUUAAUCUUACCUAACUCACUAUUCUGUUUCUGACACAAUUUAAACAUAACCCAAAUGGGAAAAAUUAUGCAAUAGUUUUAUCUCCUCUGUUUCAUGUUAAAUAACUUUGUGGUAUUACUAAACGGUGCAUGCUUACAUAAAUCUGUUUUAUUUCCUUUGCAAUUAUUGAUCUAUGGACGAUAUGUGAAACUUGAAACCUCUGGGAAUCGUGCACCAGGUGUUUGAAAAUAUGAAUUCAAUUAUUUCAACUCAGAAUAGUGAAACAAUACAAAGGUCUCCUACUGAGGAAACUGUGGUUGAAGGGGAAGAUAUAAUCAGCAAGUUGCAUGAAAGCAUUCUUGGUCAAAUCUUGUCUUUUCUUCCAACUAUUGAGGCAGUCCGCACUAGUGUGCUAUCAACAAGGUGGAUUCAUGUUUGGAAAUCCAUCACAGGCAUACAAUUUAACGAUGCUUUGCACUGUUUUGGGAAGAAGAUGCCAAAAGAACAAUUUGUGUGCUCUGUAAAUAGGGUGGUUCUUCACUUUGCCAAUUCAAUUGUCAAAAGCUUCUCUCUUUGUUUAACAAGUUAUCAUUAUGAUUCAUCCCUGGUAAGUUCAUGGAUCUCCUCUAUCUUGGAAAAGAGUGUUCAAAAACUUCAUAUUCAGUAUGCUGAUAAAAUCCUCUUUCCUUCCCAAACCCUCUUUAGUUGCAGCUCUCUAUUACAAUUGGUGCUUCAAAUGAGAUGUACUCUUAGUGUUCCAAUCUUUGCUUCUCUCCCAAACCUUCAAAGUCUUAGCCUUUCUGGGAUCAGGUUAGUGAGUGAAUCCUCCAAUUACUCAGAAGAUAUAAUUCUUAGAUUCCCACUUCUCAAAGUGUUUGAAGCCAGAGGAUGUGAGUGGCAAACUAAGCAGAACAUUAGUAUAGAAGCACCUCUACUUGAAAGGUUUUCUGUAGCAUCAUGGAGAUCUGUGUCAAAUGAAUCACAUAAAUCUUCCAUAAAGAUUGUUGCUCCCUAUCUAGCAGAUUUCUCUUAUGAGGGUGAUCUUGAGCAGGAUAUCAUUCUAUUGAAUUCUUCAUCAGUUCGUAGUGCAUCCGUUGUGAUUGUUAUUGAUGAAGACAAAAUGGAAAGAAUAGAAAAACUUGGGUUUCAAGUGCAUAAGCUUCUUGCACAAAUCCGCGAAGUGGAACAAAUGAAGUUAUUGUUUUACAAGUUUUUGAUGCAUGCCAAGGAUAUUUUCACCCAUCUACCUACUUUUGGGAGGCUGACUUAUCUUCAACUAAAUGAAGUCACUGGUGAAGCUCUGCUAAACAUUCUUCACAAUUCUCCAAUUCUUAACACUCUUGUUUUACAAAAUGGAGUAUCUGAAUUAAAUAAAGAUGUCUUGGCUUCUGCAUCAGUGCGUCAGUGCUUCCUGACUAGCUUCAAAGUUUUUCAGUUUAAGGAAUUUAAUGGGCAUGAGAAUGAGCUUCUUUUGACAAAAUUUGUGAUGGAAAAUGCAGCAAUCUUGGAGAAACUGACUAUACGCACAGCUUUUUGGCUACGGUAUUCAGAUACUGACAUGAAGAAAGUGAAGAAGGAUAUACUCUCUAUUCCUAAGUGUUCCAACUUUGUCAUGAUAGAAUUUUCUAAUGUUAAUUGUUCCUAAAGUCCCUACCAUUUUUCUAUUUUGACUCCAGCAUAUCAAUGUAAAAAAAUAAAACU